GAGGGAGAAAAAUCCCCCCAAGUCUCUUCCGCCCCGACAAACUCUUCAUGGGAUCAGCCCAGCUCCCAUUCCGACAUUAUUAUUCAAAUCUCCAAGAUUUUACCGUAUUUCAUCAUCAUGGGCACUGACACGGGUCGGGCGGCCGAAAGGAACGACCCCACCGGUGAAAAGGAAAGACGAGAUACUGCAAUAAUGGGCGUGCGUCCCAAAUUUUGCCCCUUCUCUUGAGCCCUGACUUACUUAUAAAAUAGACAAACACUAGUUCCAUUGUGAGCAAGAGAAGUGUCGAAAGACUCUACUCCAAACCGGAAGAACCUCAACUUCUACGUUACUUCGUCAAAAAACCCCAGAGACGUUCUCCCUUGAUAAACCGCGGUUAUUGGCUACGGACGCAGGUUGUAGAUCAUGUUGUUCGCUCAUUUCUAUUCGAAAAACUUCCAGACCCUAAACGGAAGAAGGUCGUGAUCAAUCUUGGCUGCGGAUAGUAUGCUCCCCGAUCCACCCACCGAGGGUUCAUGAUCUUGAUGUGCUGACGCACAUCUCCCCGCUUUUUAGUGAUCCUCUCCCCUUCCGAUUCAUCUCAAGCAUGCGGGACCUCAAUAACGUGCUAUACAUCGACCUUGAUUAUCCUGACAUGAUCACUACCAAGUCACACAUCGUAUCUAACACCCCAGAGCUCCACAACCUCCUCAAGAACCCAGAGCUCCACGACCCGCCCGUAGACAAUGUCCAUUUCCGGAGCUCGCAGUAUCUGGCCGUUGGUUGCGAGCUUCGUGAACUUGACAAGCUUAAGCAUAUACUGAUGGAUGGUGGGUUAAUUGAUAAUGCUGCCCUAUUGUUCACGGCCGAAGUAUCACUUGCCUACAUAGACCAGGGUGCAGUCGACGCGCUCGUUGCAUGGACAGCUACUCUUCCGGAUGGUAAAGCUAUCCCCCCUCGUUUCGAAGGCUUGUGAAUGCAUCAGUGGGUCGUAGUUGCUUAUGAACUUUAGCCCGCUUUUCGGUACUAGAGCAGUGUAUGCCUUCAGGAUCAUCUCAUCCAUUUGCCAGAACUAUGUUAAAACACUUCAGCAACCUAUCCACCCCUCUGAAAUCAAUUGAGGCAUACCCUACUCUUACCGAUCAAGCUUCCCGGUUUGCAAAUGGGGGCUGGAAAACAGUAGAUACUUUAGAUCUCCUAGCCUUUUGGAGUAGCUUAGUGACGGACUUCCAAAGAAAGCAUCUGGAAUCAGUAGAGCCCUUUGAUGAGUGGGAAGAGUUCUUCGUAUUUUGCCAGCACCAUUUUAUUACCCAUGCGCGGACCGGAGGAGUUCACCAGCAGGAUCCAGGACCAUUCCGGGCAGAAGGGAUAAAAUGGAGAGGGGGAGACUACCGUUCUCAUCCGGGUCUACGGCCAUCUCUGGCGCGAGCUCGCAGCUCGAAAGAAUCCAUGGCUGAGGGUGGAUACAUUGGCGAGUUCACAGCGUUCCCACUCUUGAGACGAUGGAUGGGUGCUGCAGCGAAAUGGGGGGAUAACCAAUGGGUUUACCAUGGAGGUCUAGGCUCAUCUAAAAGGCUAGGGACAUCUUUACUUAUUACUGGGGAUGAGCAAAAGGACCCCCUCAAACGCUAUAGGGAAGACCCGACGCUGAACAGGCGAGGCUCAGGUGCAAGGAUGUGCCAUACGCUUACCCAGCUUGCGCCAGAAAAGUUGCUACUAGUCGGUGGAAGAGCUUCGCCGGAUGCACCCAUGAGUGACGUCUGGAUCGUGAAAUCCGGACAUUGGAAGAAAGUCGAGAGCCUUCCACGGGGUAGGUAUAGACACUGCGCCGCUGCAGUUGGGCCGGAGAAGGUACUAAUCUGUGGAGGGAAGGGAGAUGGAAACGUCGUUUUGGACGAGUGGUUUUUGUGGAAUGGGGAUCAGGGCUGGAAACAGUUGACAGUUGACGCAGAACGAAAGCCAUCUCCGAGAUUUGGGGCAAGUUUAUGUUGGACCGACAGAGGAUACGGAGUAUUGAGCGGUGGUAUGGAUGAUAAGGGCCAGGUCCUUGGGGAUCUGUGGAGGCUUGAGAUAGUAGAUGAUAGUAAGCUCGUUGUAACAUGGAGCUUUGUCAACUUGCUCUCUACAAGGAGCUUACUGAGACGGUUCGGUGCAAAAACGACCUACUUGGGAGAGGGAAGAUUGCUGAUCAUCGGCGGCGUUUCCGGUGGGACGCUGAUAAAGGCUGAGGAUGAGGUAGUGGAGAUACACUGUGAAAAACUUACAGUAAAGGGAGUCGAUGUUGCCUGCCGUGAGCCCGGAGAAAAGCCACCUUUUUUGAUAGGGCACCAGGUGUUACCAGCUAGCGAGGGGAUUUUCUGUGUUGUUGGGGGUGGGGGUGUGUGCUUCAGCUUUGGAGGAUGCUUUAACGAAGGGAUAUGGACCCUUGCCCCGCCAAAUGUGGAGCCACCAACCCGGGAAUGGAGAGUCUUUGAAGAAGGGGAGGUCUUACAGAAAAAACGCAAAAUGAUACCCCCCACGGAUCCGGACAACAAAACCAGAGCCACGGGAGAGGGAGGAUCGUUGAUGGCUGGGAUUAGGAGGGUCACCAUCAAGAGCCAGGAGGACUUUUGGAAGGUUCGAGAUGCCGGAGAGCCUGUCGUGAUCGAAGGGUUGGAUAUCGGUAAAUGCGUCGAGAAGUGGACUCCUAGCUACCUCAAAGCCACGGUUGGCCCGGAAAGAUGGGUGCAUAUGCCACCUGUUUUGGUUACGCUGGGGAUACAAGGGCUAACGUAUGAGAUAUAGGUCAUCGUUCACGCCUCGCAAGCCAAAAGCAUGAACUUCCACGCCAAAAACUUUAGCUACAAAAACAUGACCUUUGGCGACUUUAUCGACGCCAUAACCAGCGAGUCGUCACCGGAAACCCUCUACCUCCGUUCCCUCUCCUCCACCAGUCCCAAAACCGACCCAGCCAAGCUCGCCCAGGACUUCCCAUCACUCGCGGAAGACUUCACCAUCCCUCCGGAACUCCAAUUCGCACAGGACCACGAACACAGCUCACCGCUCCGCAUAUCCGCCAAGGAAGUCGGAGUGUGGCUGCACUUUGACGUGAUGGCCAACCUCCUCUGCCACAUCCAUGGAACCAAACGAUUCAAAGUAUACCCACCGACAGACAUCACCAAGCUGAGCUUCCUACCCAGUGCAUCGUCCUCGACGAUUGAGAAUCCUUUCGAUCCAGAGUUGGAGCCGGACGACGCUCAUCCGAUGGAGACAAUUUUGAAACCCGGAGAUGUAUUGUUUAUCCCCGAGCUGUGGCCGCACGCAGCAUAUCCUUUGGAGCCGUGCGUGGCUGUUAACGUGUUCUUCAAAAGUCUCGAGCAUGGGUACAGCUCUGGUAACGACGUCUACGGGAAUAAGGACCUGGCUGCAUAUGAGAAGGGGAGGACAAUGAUUGGCAGGAUUGGCAAGGAGUUUGAGAGGUUGCCGAGUGCUGCAAGGAGGUUUUACAUGGAGAGGUUGGCGGACGAGCUCGCGAAUAUGGCGACGAACGAAUAGAUGGAUCCAGUGCCCAGGGGGUAUUUGGUAUUCACAAAUCGUUGGCUCUGUAUCAACGUACUCACGGGUUUGUGAUACUGUAAAUAAAUUUAGUAAUUCAACACUAGCCUCAGA